CGCCACCGACUGGCUCCAAAGCAGAUCCGGUUAUAACUAUUCGCCUCGCUGCUGUUUGCCUCUGGUGCUUUUCAUUCUUCCUCAAUACUUCUGAUCGAGGCUUGGCUCUUUUUAUCUUAUUGUCAUAUCGUUCAUAUUCACCUAUUGGUAAUACUUAAUUUCGUUGAUCUCUGUGUGAUCUAUUCUCCGGUAUAGAUCGACUCAUCCGCCACUGUCUUGGAUAUACAUACAUCGCCUCCAUACCAUACUACCACUACAAAAGAACCAUCCAUCCACCCAAUCUUCACAAUGCAACUCCUCGCUUAUCUUCCUCUCGCCCUGUCCACUCUCGGCCUCACCGCUGCCAGUCCCAUUCGCCGGUCCCAGAGCCCAGCCCUAACCUGGCACGUCUCCAACUUCACCACCGGCUGCUCCCCCGGUGGCUGCACCUACAACUUCAACAUCUUCGGCAUUGCCACCGCCAACACCCCCGGCUUCAAUACCACCUGCUCCGGCACCGACACAUCGACUGAACUCACCGCGUGCGCCGACUCGCAGGUCCGGUCGCGGGUGCAGCCCGCCACCUACCCGCAAUGGAACAUCCGGGUCGAACAUGCCUGGACCGAGCCGGGCGACAUGGAGUUCUAUGACUUUGGCGAGACGAAUGUGACCUCGCCGACGCGACUGUUCACCAUCCCCGUGACGGAGGAGUAUGGCGUUGCCUAAGCCUCUCGAAGGGGUUCCGCAUGAAGGAACAGAGGCAGUGUUUGAUGACUUGAGGUCAUGACUGCGAACUGCGGAUUAUCACUCAAGCUAGAAUUGAGCUGGAUGAGAAAAAGAAUGCUUGCUUCGUUUUGUAUCAUAUUGGAUGGAUCGAUUCCGUUUAUAUCGGGCUGGUUAUACUCUCUAUGACUUUGUGAUUGUGCGUGUGAUUGUUCUAGUUAAUGGGUUGCGUUUUGGGGGGAUCCUAAUGUCUGGUUACAGGGGGAGGUUAUCUGAUGAACCGUUAAAUACCACUUCUAUGAAUUGAAUAUUGAUUGUCUGCAAGCCUG